CCAUCGUCUGUGAGCUGAGAUCCUGACUCUCUCCCUGCUGAUGUUUUUAAAACACAAGAGACACCUCUCUGAAGAUGAAUUCAAGUGCCCCGCUUCAGAAUGUUCCCAAUGCCACCUUGCUAUACACGCCUCCCCUGCAGGGAGGAAAUAACACUUCUCUCCAGGAGGGUCUUCGAGAUUUUAUCCACACAGCCACCUUGGUGACCUGCACGGUCCUGCUUGCCAUCAUCUUCUGUCUAGGCUCUUAUGGAAAUUUUAUUGUCUUCUUGUCUUUCUUUGACCCGGCCUUCAGAAAGUUCAGAACUAACUUUGAUUUCAUGAUCUUGAACCUGUCUUUCUGUGAUCUGUUUAUCUGUGGGGUCACAGCCCCCAUGUUCACCUUUGUGCUGUUCUUCAGCUCAGCCAGUAGCAUCCCAGAUAGUUUCUGCUUCACCUUCCACCUUACCAGCUCAGGCUUCAUCAUCAUGUCCCUCAAGAUGGUAGCUGUGAUUGCCCUGCACCGGCUCCGGAUGGUGAUGGGGAAGCAGCCUAAUUGCACCGCUUCCUUUUCCUGCAUCUUGCUCCUUACCCUUCUUCUCUGGGCCACCAGCUUUACACUUGCCACCUUGGCUACACUGAGAACCAGUAAGUCCCACCUGUGUCUCCCCAUGUCCAGUCUUAUGGACGGGGAAGGGAAAGCCAUUCUGUCUCUGUAUGUUGUUGACUUUACCUUCUGUGUGGCCGUGGUGUCUGUCUCUUAUAUCAUGAUUGCUCAAACCCUUCGGAAGAAUGCCCAAGUCAAAAAGUGCCCCCCUGUGAUCACAGUUGAUGCUUCCAGACCACAGCCAUUCAUGGGGGCCUCUGUGAAGGGAAAUGGAGAUCCCAUCCAGUGCACCAUGCCAGCUCUGUAUAGGAACCAGAAUUAUAACAAACUGCAGCACAGUCAAACUCAUGGAUACACUAAGAAUGCCAACCAGAUGCCAAUCCCCUCAGCCAGUCGGCUCCAGCUGGUAUCAGCGGUCAACCUCUCUACUGCCAAGGAUUCCAAAGCUGUGGUCACCUGCAUGGUCAUCGUGUUGUCUGUUCUAGUGUGCUGUCUUCCUCUGGGGAUUUCCCUGCUGCAAGUGGUUCUGUCUGACAGCGGCAGCUUCAUCCUUUACCAGUUUGAGUUGUUUGGAUUUACUCUGAUAUUUUUCAAGUCAGGAUUAAAUCCUUUUAUAUAUUCUCGGAACAGUGCUGGGCUGAGAAGGAAAGUGCUCUGGUGCCUGCGAUACACUGGCCUGGGCUUCCUCUGCUGCAAACAGAAAACUCGACUUCGGGCCAUGGGGAAAGGGAACCUUGAAAUCAAUAGAAACAAAUCCUCCCAUCACGAGACAAACUCUGCCUACAUGCUGUCUCCAAAACCACAGAAGAAAUUUGUGGACCAAGCUUGUGGCCCAAGUCAUUCAAAAGAAAGUGUAGCAAGUCCCAAAGUCUCUGCUGGACAUCACCCCUGUGGGCAGAGCAGCUCGACACCCAUCAACACUCGGAUUGAACCUUACUAUAGCAUCUAUAACAGCAGCCCGUCCCAGCAGGAGAGCAGCCCAGCAAACCUGCAGCCAGUGAACUCUUUUGGUUUCGCCAGUUCCUACAUCGCCAUGCACUAUUACACCACCAAUGACUUGAUGCAGGAAUAUGACAGCACGUCGGCAAAACAGAUCCCUAUCCCCUCUGUUUAAUACAGCCAGAGAAUCUGGAGGGAAUGGUUUUCUCUUCGGACUGAACAAACCUUUAAAAGAGUUUGAGUCCCAUGGCAAAGCAAAACCUGGAAUCAACCGAAGACUUGACAAUUAGACUUUCUUUCACCUGAAGUAUUAGUAUCCGGGUUGGCUUCAUGGUUUCUUGACAUUUUAAGAUUUAGUGUAAAAGUUUAUUUCAAUUUAUACUCUGACCCAUGUCCCAAUACUUUAUACUAAACUGCUAAAAAGAUGUCAGGGACUAUCCUACUAAUGACAACCUUUUAAGUCAGUAUUAUGGGAUUUUAGAUAUGUAUUGACUACAUUUUCUUUCUUUCCACUAAUUUAUUUA